AUGAGAUUAACACAUUUGUUUGUUACCUUGUUGGCUUUGUCUGCCUUGUCAAUGGCUUUGGCCUCUGACGUCAAGGUCAGUCCAUUCUUUAAGAAGCACAAUGGCUUUGCACCAAUCCCCGAGCAUGUCUUUGCUGACAACUCAGGUGAUGCUGGAGAGGCUCUCUACCUUUCCGAGUACUUGGAUAACCCAGCUUUGGGAAGAAGAAAGUCAUGUGUUGACAUUGGUGCCCCAUUUGGAGCUUGCUCCAUGCUCGACAACCCAGAGGACAAGUUGAACGAUGUCACUCCAUUCUCCUACUCUGGUUUCUUCACUGUCAAUGAGACCUACGACCAGAACCUCUUCUACUGGUUCUUUGAGGCUCAAAACGGUAACAAGGACGCACCAGUCUUGCUCUGGCUCCAGGGUGGACCAGGUGGUUCCUCAUUGUUUGGUCUGUUUGUUGAGAAUGGCCCAUACUCAAUCCUUGACAACUUGACCAUGGUGCCAAAGAACGUCACCUGGAACAGCGAGUACCAUAUGCUCUACGUGGACAACCCCGUCGGCACUGGAUUCUCCUACACCACCGACAUGCGUGGCUACAACACCAACCAGGAUGAGAUUGCCGCCAACCUCUACAGCCUGCUCACCCAGUUCUAUGGAAUUUUCCCACAGUAUGCCGACAAUGACUUCUACGUCACUGGUGAGUCCUACGCUGGCAAGUACGUCCCAUCGCUCGCCUACUACAUUCUUCAACAGAACAAGGUCCAGCAGACCCAGGUCAACCUGGUCGGUAUUGCCGUUGGUGAUGGUCUCUGUGAUCCAAUCACUCAGGUGACCCAGUACGCCAACCUUGCCUUCUACACUGGUCUUGCCGACAUUGAUCAGCAAAACACCAUGACCAUCUACCAGGACAAGAUCAUCCAGGCAAUCCUUGCCCAGCAAUGGCUCGAGGCCAACGACCUCUUCACCGAUCUGGUCAACGGUCCACCCGACUACUUCCAGAACAUCACUGGUGAGGCUGACUACUAUGACAUCCGUCGCACCAUUGAGCCCACCUAUGGUGGCAACUUUGAGGCCUACGUCAACCAGACCAACAUCCGUGCCCUCCUCCACGUUGGAAACCACUACUUCCAGGACAACAACAACGUCUACUUGGCACUCCAGCAGGAUAUCCCCAAGUCUAUCAAGAACUUGCUGCCAGAGCUGAUCGAGAACAUCAAGGUCAUGUUCUACAACGGACAGUUCGACUUUAUUGUCGGUGUCUCCUUGACCGAGACAUUCAUCCGCACCAUUCCAUGGAUGGGUAUCGAUCCAUUCGUGUCCUCCAGCAGAUCCAUCUGGUACAUCCCAUCUGAUACAGUCAACGUUGCAGGUUAUGUUCGUCAGUACGAGAAUCUGACCCAAGUAGUAGUAAGAGGUGCCGGACACAUCUUGCCCUAUGACCAACCACUUAGAGCAAUUGAUAUGAUUACCAGAUUUGUUGAAAACCAGCCAUUCUAA